AUGGACACCAUGGAUCCGAGAGCGCUGACUGAAAAGCUAAAAACAGUCGUCAAAAGUCGGAGGGCAGAGCUGGAACCAUCUUUCGUGCGAGAACUUCAAGCCCAGCGGCUACAUUUGAACUCUUUCCACUACAAUGUCUUGAUGAGCAGCUGUAGGGGCACACGGAGUUGGAGAGGUGCUGCGGAAUGGCUCAGACAUAUGCAGAAGGAGAGGCUGCCACCAGAUGCCUGCAGUAUCCACACAGCAAUCACAUCCUGCAAAGAUUCGAGUCUUUGGACAAAAGCAAUUCUUUUCUUCCGACAGAUGCCAGUUCAAUCACUGGCAACAGAUGCCACUGGUUUCGGAGCAACUCUGGCUGCCGCUCAAGGUGAAGAUUGGCGUCUCGCACUGUCGCUGUGGGGCAGCCACUAUGGAACUGCCAAGCAUCUGAGAACGCAGAUUGGCUGCUGUGCCGUACUGAAGGCCUUUCAGAAGAGCAGCUGGCGCAAUGCGAUUUGCAUGCUGCAAGAUAUGUCCGUCACAAGGAUGGAACCAGAUUUGAUUAGCUGCAGCACCAUAGCCGGCGGCUUGGAUGCAUCGUUGAAAGUCGGCCAGGGCGGUCAUGAGUGGUUCGAUUUACUGGGGGCGCAAUUCCUGUGUGCAAUUUACCACUUUCAGCUUUGGGCAUGGCAUGUUACGAGCUGCUCCCAGCACUCAUCUAAACAAGUUGAGGAAUGUAGCUUGGACUCCUCCACAUCAAGCGUGCAACUAUACAUCGACCACUUGUCGAUUGUGGAUAUGUCUUCAACCUUGGCGUAA